CUUUAACUAACCAUUACAUUCCUGAAAAUUUGUGUGAACAAUGGGUACCAAUUUUUUCAUCAAUGAUAAUGAGGAUGUAUUGAUUGAGAUAUUGAAGAGGCUCGACGGCCGUUCAUUGGGAGUAGCUGCCUGUGUAUGUAAGCUCUGGUGCGGUAUCGCUCGGAACGAUUCUCUCUGGGAGCAUCUCUGCUUCCGCCACGUGUCGCCGCCGCUGGAAGGUGUGAGGACGGUGGUUUUGGCGCUCGGAGGGUACCGACGGCUGUAUAUGGUCUGCGUGAGGCCAGUGUUGAAUCGAUUGCGAAAAUGGAGGCCGAUUGGAAUGGAAUCUGAUUCGGAGAUUGUGAGGCGAGUUUAUUGGACUCGUCAUGAAGUCGAGUUAUCGUUGUCGCUGUUUUGUGUGGAUUAUUAUGAGAGAGUAUUGUUGAGCGGCGGUAGUGGUGGUGGUGGCGGCGGCGGGGGAGACGCUGCGGCGGCGCCGUGUGUAUCGUCGCUUAUGUUCCUUUGUAAGGCUGUGAAUGUUUGAAUGAA